AUGGCGGUGGAGUUGACCAGCACUGCUUUCAUGAUGGUUUGCAUGGCUUUGGUUCAAUUGAUGACUCCCGGCCUGGCUUUCUUCUAUGGUGGUCUUGUGAAGGAUACCAGUGUGCUUACCAUGAUGAUGCAGAGCUUCGUGUCAAUGGGAGUGGCAUCGAUUGUGUGGUUCCUCGUGGGUUUCUCCCUUUGCUUUGGAGAGACGAUGUACUUCGUGGGCGAUCCCAGGACCUACUUGGGCCUUCGGGGUCUCAACACCAAUGAGGCCUUGCCGGACCAGACCAUUCCCGGCCUUCUUUUUGCAGGAUAUCAAGGGAUGUUUGCAGUGAUUACUCCAGCCUUGAUGACUGGAGCCUUUGCGGACCGCUUCCGCUUCAAGCCCUACUUAAUUUUCAUUGCUGUUUGGCUUGUCUUGGUCUAUGCUCCUUGGUGCCACUGGGUUUGGGGAGGUGGUUGGCUUGCACAGUGGGGCGUUUGGGACUUUGCUGGAGGCAUCGUGGUUCACGUCACAGCAGGUUUCUCGGCUCUUGCAAGCUUGAUUGUGGUGGGCAAGCGAGAAGUCUCAGAAGAAGAAGCUGAGGACCAUGACAGACCUCACAACGUGCCCUUUGUUGCCUUGGGCACUGCCUUACUUUGGUUCGGCUGGUUUGGCUUCAACGCAGGCUCUGCCUUGGCUACUAGCGGCACAGCAGUCGGCGCUGCUGUGAAUUCGGAGAUUGCGGCCUCAGUGGCUUUGUUCCUCUGGUUGAUCAUCGAUUGGAUCCACCGUGGGCGUCCUGGAUUAGUGGGGCUUUGCGUGGGUUCCAUCGCUGGCUUGGCCACCGUCACGCCAGCGGCCGGCUUCAUCCAGCCUUGGGGUGCCUUCAUCUUGGGUUGCGCGGCAGCGACACUUUGUUAUGCAUGCUGUGAGUUGCGGAAGAAGCUGGGCUUCGAUGAUGCCUUGGAUGUCUGGGGCGUUCACGGCAUGGGGGGCUUUAUCGGCACCGUGCUUUUGGGCGUGCUCGCCGACCCCGAAGAAUGCGCAGACGUUGAGCUAGCGCCACCUUCCUGCGUCAAUCCAGGAACGGCCACUGCUUCAAUGGAGCAGCUGGGAAAGCAGACUUGCGCAGCACUGCUGGCAGCUGUCUACUCUGUGCUGGUGACCUUGGUGAUUUUGAAGGCCAUUGACCUUUGUGUCCCGCUGAAGCCGAAGCAUGCAAAUUUGGACUUUGGUGAGCACGGAGAGACUGCCUACCAUAGUCCUGUCCGUCAAUACAUCCAGGAACCCAAGAAGUUGAGCGGUUUGGAGGCUACUGUCUAA